UCGAGCUUCAUUUCGCAGUCGAGCGUUAGCGCGAAAUUUCGGAAGUCGUUGCACAAGGCCCAUUUCGGUCCCGUGGCAAGUGUCGAUUCGCGGUCGCGAGUUCAGUGAAGUGUUGGGCGUGGGUGAGCCAAAGGUCUACGAAGAGACGGCGAGGUCCACUCCGAGGCGGUCCCCCAAUGGAGAGACGACCGGGACAAGCGAGGGCGGCUUCCACACGUACAGGCAUAAUGAGACGUCGCACACGGAGCGCUCGGAGGACGAGAUUUUGACAGUGAGGUACGAGGACGGACGAUGGUCGAAGCCGUACUACGACUGCGGAGGAGGCAACAUUUGGAUGCUGACCUACACUGUUCCCUUUUUCGGCUACGUCAAUGACACGUACUUCUUCAAGGGCACCAGUGGAAUCGAUAUCGACCUCAGGAGGGUGGACAUCGAUCAGUGCCCCUUGCCUCCUGGCUCUACUCAAUUGAACAUCUUCGCCGCCAGCGACAAGUGCAAGAAAAGAACAACCGAGUGUGUCGCCAUUCCCGGAUUGGGCUUCCGCCGUGGCAGCUAUAGAUGCGUUUGCAAGCGCGGCUUCUUCUAUCCUGACACCAAGUCCACCAAGCGGUACUACAAUGGCACCGUCAUCGAAGAGGAGUACGAGAAGCUCAUGCUGGGUGAAGAGUCUCAGUACGCGGUCCAGGGGGUCUUCGAGUGUCUGCCCUGCGCCGAGGGUUGCGAGUCCUGCGAGGAUGGCUCACCCUGCAUCGUGUCCUUAAACUGGCUCAUGAGGACCGCCAUCCUCAUUCUCGAAUGCUGCAUAAUUGCCUGCCUCCCCGUGGUCGUCAUCUUCACGUGGAAGUACGGGAACGUCAAGGUGGUCAGAGCAGCAAGUCCAGUGCUGUUGCGCGUAAUUGCCCUGGGUGCAUUCUUCAUCUACUGCACCACCAUCGUCAUGUACCCCCGACCAAACGUCGUCACCUGCACCGUACGAGUAUGGCUACGAGAGAUUGGCUUUUCUCUCACCUACGGUGCCCUCAUGUUGAAAACCUGGAGGAUAUCCGUCAUAUUUCGCGUCAAGUCCGCCAAAGCUGUCAAGAUCACCGAUAUGAACCUGCUGAAGAGACUGGGCAUCAUCGUCACGAUAUUCAGCGUCUUCCUGGGGAUUCGCACCCUGGUCGCCCCACCGGUCGUCAUCGUCGCUCGUACGGCGGACGAUCUCAAGGCAUAUCUCUGCAGAACCGAUUGGUGGGAUCACAGCUUCACCACUCUUGAAGUGAUGUUUCUCGUAUGGGGCAUCAGACUGUGCAUCGUCGUGAGGAAAGCCCCAUCGGAGUUCAACGAAAGCCGAUUCAUAUCCAUGGCCAUUUACAACGAAUUCCUGCUCUCGGUCUUCCUAAACGUCUCGAUGCUGUUCCUGCAAUCACCGGCCAAUCCGGAUUUGCUGUACAUCAUAUUUUUCUGUCACACCCAACUGACGGUGACACUUCUCCUGUGUCUGAUUUUUGGCAGCAAGGCAUACGUCGUCUUUCGCGGGGACGAUAAGGAGGAUUCGCUGGGUAAACUUUCCGGUGCCACUGGGAAAUUCGUCGGAAAAUCUUGCCGAGCUCAAGGCACCAGCAAUCAGACCAACUCGAUCUCCUUGCAGCAGGGUAACUUCACCGAAGACAGCGACGGUGUAACGGAGGAGUUCCGACGACUGUGCAGUCAACUGGAGCACCUCAAAGAGAGGAACAUGCGGUCCGGAAACAGGGAGCUGGUCGCCAAGAUCACGGCCAUGCAGGAAGCCGCGAAUCGUGCCGAAACCCAGGUCUCGACCAUCCAGGCGAUCUGUUCAUCCCUAAGAUUAAAUAGCAUGACAAGCCUGACGACCGAAAAAGUUGACGUCAAGGUGGAGAACGGCUCCGGGUGGAACCGAGCGAACUCCGCGGAUUCCGGUUCGGAAAGUGCAGAGAAGAAAAAAUCGACGAAAAAGUCGAACAGCCUGGAGGACUCCGCGACCACGACGUCGUCCCCGAAGAAGAAAGACGGCGACGGGGACGCCCAGCCUGCCGAGGAAGCUGACAAGAAGGGCCCAGGAAGCAACGGGAAGGUGAAGGACGAGGUGGCUUCCAGGGAACACCAGGUCUUGGCUGCAGGGGAAGAGGUUGCAGAUGCCAAAUCCAGGGAGGACUCGGCCAAGGAAAGAAAAAGUAAAUCGGGACACGCCAGGACGCACGCAAUCGUUAUCAAUCUGGACGACAAGAGCAGGUUCUCCGAAGAGGUGACUGUAUAGAUUGGCACUGGUCUGGCUGGUCCAAGAAUUCGGUCCGAUGUAGGGCUCGCGUGAGACUUUACUCGUUUGGUAGAAAAGAGGUAUCGUAUUUUCGUUCAAAAAAAUGAGAACGUUCUUGUUGACGACUAGUGGGAUAGACGUAGGUCUGGAUGACUAAGGUAUAAGUGGGAAAACUUGGAGUUGGAGUUUACGAGUAGUUGUGUUUUAUUUUUGGAGAUUAUGGAACGAUUAUGUGCUGAACUGGAAUGCUAUUGUUCGUGACAGGACGUAGGAAUUUAUUUCGAAAAUUUCAAAUUGUUGAGCGGAAGAUGUCUACGUUCUACCAAGCGAGGAUGGUACAUUGGUUUUAAAGAUACUUUCUUGGCGAUAAACCCUGGUACUUUCACCCAAGGUGCAAAAACUUUUGGGAGUGGUUCAUAGAGGUGUUCAUGUUCCUUUUCCUAUAUAGUAUUUUCUACGGGGGAAACGAUUAUCUUCCACAUGCCAAACGUAAGGAGUAUCGUUGCGAACGCGCGAAAGAUCACGGUCUACCUGCGAUUUCAUGCAAGAACGCAUUACGCGCUCGGGGGAAAAUUGAAUGAAAAAAAUAAUUAAGAAUUAAAAAUCCGGUAAAAAUGGAUACUUUCGUAGUUUCGGAAGAAUCCACUAGCAAGGAAGACCCAAUCGCUCCGACUCGACACCUACUCGUAAACGAAUUCCUCACAAUCAGUCACCAAUCGAUGACGACCACACGAUAAGUCAGCCAUGAAUUUCGCUAAAUUUUUACUAAAUUCUUUCAUACAUCACAUAGCUCCAAAAUGAUAUAAUGCUUUUCCAAUUAGAUUCGAAGUAACGUAGAUACUUACUUUAGUUAAAUAAUCGCUUUUAAAUUUUCUAAUUAAUAAAAUGCGGCACAGAAGAAAUUGAGGGGCAUUUCGGUGGGUUGCGAAAAAGGGAUUAUUGGUCUGCCCUCGUUCCGUUUUCCUCGAAGAGAAGACUCCAGCCCAAAAAAUGCGAUUCCUUCCGUGUCGACCGUAUGCACACACAUUACCAUCGGAGUGCACGUUAUUUCUGUAAAUAUGCACCCCCUACUCCGAGUGACGGAAAGCUGAACGCUUUUUCCGGGCUGUCCUCGUUGAAUCAUGUAAAUAGCGAAAUUUACGCACCGAGUGCGCCCUCUUUCCCGAGUCCACAUUGUAUAUAAACAUUGUAUGUAGCCAGGUUGUUCCGGGAAUCUUUACCGCGCUCAUAGUCGGCAUAUCGUGCUUUUACUCUAAUGCAUAUCAAGGGUACCGACACUUUGUCGACCGAAAACACCUCGAUUCGUCAGUUUUUAUCUAACAUUGUUGAACAAUGGAUUCAAUGUAACCGUGUUGACUUGUGGGGAAUAUGACCGGUUACACGCGAUGGCUCUUUAAGGUUGGGGCCACGCGAGCGUCAAACCUGACACGCGUCAGAAACAUUUGAGUAAACAAAUUUCGUGCUAUAGUUGUGAUUUUAGCAAUAAGAUUUUAUUACUUAACUACAGUUACCUUUGUUACGAGGUAUAGAAAAAAAUGAUUCAAGUCAAAGUUGACACUCGUUACAAGUGUAACCGAUAAAACGUGAAAGACCAAUAUAAUUAUUAUAAAAUAAUACGAAAUAUAAAGAAACUCGUUGAAAAAGAAACGCCAAUCAUAGCUUAUCUAUUCCGAGUCUUUACGAUCACAUGCCACAUGGAUAGGAAAACUGUUGUUCACCCAAACAAUCUCUAAUUGAUCGUUUGAGAGAUCGUUUGGGAUAACUUCGCAUACAUGUAACGGUGUUGUCGGCUUUUUACAUAAAUAUUUGUCUUACUUAUAACCAAUGUUACAUUGGACGGCGUUAAAAUUAUAUCCGAUCUCUCCUGCAUCGGUUCCGACGCGCGUAGCAACGCGUGCAAUCUUAUAAGCGACGCAUUUCUCCUACGACGGACGUCGUGACGCGGCACACACAUUUUAACGUAAUACAGGUACGCAUCGUUCCAAACGAAGUCGGCCACACGAGCAUCGAUAAUACGUCCGUUCGAAGUACGUCCAUCGCAAUGAACGCCAGCAAAACGCUCGUAUGGCCUCAGCUGAAAGCGACGCACGUUUUCCACAAUUGUAAAAUCCGUCGGAACGCACGUGAUUUUUAACGCUCAUGGCUCCACACGAGUAUAUUCGUUCAAACGUACCUUCGUCGUAACGUACGUUGAAACGACGCUCAUGUGGUCCUGACCUAAACGUGCGUUAAUACUUCGGUCGACAAAGGUUAAAAAGUAAAAAUUCCUCGAAUAGAACGUGCAAAGAUUUUAAAAACAGUUAUAAGAAAAUUCGAAAAUUCUCCCCCGGAUGCGAAUUCAUAGCAGUGGUUUUGCAUUCGAUCCGAAAUGUCAUCUCGCGAUAUACGCUUCUAUCGAAAAGUAAUUAUGAGGUAAUAUUUGUCGAGCUUUCAAAGAAAUCUUUUAAUGACAUUAUAGUUUUACUUUCUGAGUAUAAUUUUCCUGGUGGAAUUCACGGAAUGACAGAUUAAUAAAUCUAGCGGAAGCUUAUAAUGCCAGUUAAUUUCUAUACUUGCAACAGACGUUAACUCCGUAAGGUAGUUUUUCAUUUUUUCCUUUUUCUACUAAUUGAAUAGAUUUUUGAAUUUAAAGAGGUUACAUCCCUUCAUUCUGGAAUGAUUUUAAUAUGUUUUUUUACGACAGGAAAGCGUCCCAAUCGUUAAUCGAGACUACACAAUAAUUCGAGUCAUUUUGCAGAAGUGUUAAAAUAUUCGCAAUCUGGAGUAACGAGGUCGUUUCCUCCGACAGACGUAUGAAUCAAAAGGACGUUUCGUUGCUUUCGUUAAAAAUUCAUUUCUUACAUAAAAAUCCGCAUUUUUAAUCUCUACGGUCAAAGUUCUAUUUUUAUUCAUUCUCAUAUCCACAAAGGAAACUUUUCGAAUUCUCUUUAAACGCGGAAAAUAAACUCGCUUGGUAACAUACAGGAGCAGUAUAACUGUUUUAGCCGACAAAGCAAACUAAUAACCGAAUUCUUCGAUACGUGUUUUGAAAGGAGAAUCUCGGAACGCAUGUUAGCCAAACAAUUUUUACUGCCCCUCUAUUGGUGAAUAAUAAAUUCCCUUUGUAGCGAGAUUUGAUCAUCUUGCGAAAACAAUUAUGUCGAAAUUGGAGGUCUCGUUGGACACGCGAUGCUUUCCAACGAGUUUCCGUUUCGGUGUUGGUCCUUCGGGAUUCUAUUAAACGUGUACAUAAGUGUACAUACGGUAUACAUAUGCCGAAUCGUGUAAUCCGGGCGGAUGCACGCGCGCACGCACACGCAAUCACACGUAUGUCGUCCUCGACUUUACGAGAUGUCGCAAAGGGAAGAGAAACCUAGUCAUAAGUAUACAGUUCAUAUCACUCGCAAAUUGCAGUUGUUCUUACUUGCCAUUUGUAAAUAAGUAAUGUGUAACGCAUGUCGCCGAAGUCCGACGAGUGCGAGGAGGCUGCGGAUCUCGACGGGUUUCGAGCUCACCCCAGAAAAAAAAGAACACCGAAGGACCAAUUUUAUCGGCACACUCGUGUUUUCUGGAUAAAUUGCCCACGUCUCAUUUCUUAAAGAGAAAAUGACCUCUGUAGCAAAUUGAUGCUUAUUGGUAUUUAUCACUCAAUCGAUAAUAAUCGCGUUUCGGAAUCACUGUUUUGACAGCGAUGCCUAUAAUGGCCUGCAACAUGGAAUCGGUAACUAAUUUUGAUAAUAGUCUACUUAUUAUUUCGGUACAAAUGUCAACGGUUGUUUUUUUCUGGGACGGUAGCUGAGAAAGAGAAAACAUUCGAGAACUUCGUCGAUGUAUAAUUAAGCGCCGCAGCUUAACGAGAAUUAAUGUCGAAAAUUCGCUAAACUUUAAACAAUUAAGAGUACUUACUGUACAGCCGCAUUAUUCGAGCUAAGUAUCGAAACGGUUAUCGCAUCGUUCUGCCUUACGACGUAACACGAAUCGUUACACCGUGAGUGAUAAAUUAAAUUGAGUAUU